UUUGCAGGAGGAUGUCAAGAGUUAAGUGUGCACACAUUUCAGACCUUUCUUCUUUAUUGAUGAAAAGCUUGGAUUUUAUUGUCUGGGCAAAAAACUGGUGUGGUUGGUUUUAAGAAGGCAUUUCUCAUCACCACAGAAAAUGAAUUCUCAGUGGAAGAUGACCUGCCUCCGCCGCCACCUGAACUAGUCCGUCUGCCCGAGACACAGCCGGUCACCGAGAGACCAACUGUCACCAUCACAACAGUGACCCGCACAAUUCCAGCGUACCUGCCUAUGACAAGGAACUGCCACCUCCACCAGAGGGAUCCGAGACAGCAGAUUCUGAAUAUACAAAUGGCGAAGGAGAAUGGGAAUAUGAAGAAAUAGACUUGGACAGAGGCUCUGGAGGUUUGGGCUUCAGCAUUGCAGGAGGCUGCGACAACCCUCAUGUGGGUGACGACCCCAGUAUUUACAUUACCAAAAUCAUUCCUGGUGGAGCGGCAGCAGAGAAUGGCAGACUAAGGAUGAAUGACAUCAUUGUCAAAGUUGGAAAUGUUGAUGUUUCAAAUACCACUCACACAGCAGCCGUCGAGGCUCUCAAGAAAGCUGGCUCCAGAGUUAUUCUUUAUGUCAAGCGGUUAAAGGCACCAACAGAAAAUGUGAUGGAGAUUGAACUGAGGAAGGGGACCAAAGGUCUGGGCUUCAGCAUUGCAGGAGGGAAGGGUAACCAACACAUUCCUGGGGACAACGGCAUUUUUGUCACAAAGAUAAUUGAAGGCGGUGCAGCUGAGCAGGACGGUAGACUGGCUGUGAAUGACCGUUUAAUUGCUGUGAAUGACAACAACUUGGAGGAUGUGACUCAUGAAGAGGCAGUAGACGCUCUUAAAUCAACUGCAGAUGUGGUGAAACUCACUAUUGCAAAGCCAUCCUAUUAUCCAGGAGACCUCAGCAGCACGCAUGAGGAUGAGACAGACAGUGUUGUGCCAAGACACAUUUCACAAACAGCUGCCGCCCCUUCUCACAUGUCAACCUUCAGACCUCCAACUCCCCCACCCCCAAAACAAAUUGCAGCAGAAGAGCUUGAGGAGCCGGGCAGGGAUCCAAGAAAGAUUAUUCUGAAGAAAGGCUCCACUGGCCUUGGAUUUAACAUCGUAGGCGGAGAAGGGGAGGAGGGCAUCUUUGUAUCUUUUAUCCUUGCUGGUGGCCCAGCUGACCUAAGUGGAGAGCUGAGACGAGGAGACAGAAUACUUUCUGUAAAUGGCGUUGAUUUGAGAACAGCCACUCAUGAAGAAGCUGCACAGGCCCUGAAAAAGGCUGGUGAAACGGUGGAGAUAAUUGCUCAAUAUAAACCAGAAGACUACAACAGAUUUGAGGCCAAGAUACAGGAUCUGAGAGAACAGAUGAUGAAUACCAGCACUGGCAGUCUUCGAACAACACAGAAACGAACUCUUUAUGUCAGGGCACUGUUUGAUUAUGACCCAGCCAAAGAUAGUGGCUUGCCCAGCAAAGGAUUGGCAUUCCACUAUGGUGACAUACUGCAUGUGGUCAAUGCCAGUGAUGAUGAAUGGUGGCAAGCACGACGCAUCACCCCCGAAGGGGAGGAAGAGGGAAUGGGCAUUGUUCCUAGCAAGCGCAGAGUUGAAAGAAAGGAGAGGGCUCGAUUGAAAAAUGUUAAAUUCACCGGGAAAAACAGUGGUUCCUCAGACAAGCAUGGGCAUGCAGGAGCAGCCAAGGACAAGGACAAGGAUAAGAAGAAAAACUUUUCCUUUACUCGGCGCUUCCCCUUCAUGAAGAGCAAAGACCACAGUGGCAGCGAGGAUGUCAGUGCAGAUGAACUGGAAGAAGGCAACCCAUCCAGCGAUAAUGAGUCUAACUAUCGAGGUGAUGAGCCAAUUCUUUCUUAUGAGGCAGUUGUACAGCAAGAGUUAAAGUACACAAGACCAGUGAUCAUUCUGGGGCCUCUGAAAGACAGGAUAAAUGAUGAUCUCAUCUCAGAAUUUCCAGACAAAUUUGGCAGCUGCAUUCCUCAUACUACAAGAGAGCGGCGACCAAAUGAAGAGCCAGGUCGUGAUUAUCAUUUCGUUGCUUCUCGUGAACAGAUGGAAAGGGAUAUCCAGAACCAUUUGUUUAUUGAGGCAGGCGUCUACAAUGACAAUCUUUAUGGCACCAGUGUUGCAUCUGUCAAAGAGGUUGCAGAACAGGGCAAACACUGCAUACUGGAUGUCAGUGGAAAUGCCAUCAAGAGGUUACAGGUGGCAGGCCUCUACCCUAUUGCCAUUUUCAUCAAGCCUAAAUCACCAGACUCCAUCAUGGAGAUGAACAAAAGGAUUACAGAAGAACAAGCAAGAAAGACAUAUGAGAGGGCAUUAAAGCUGGAGGCAGAGUUUGGUGAAUACUUUACAGCUGUUGUUCAAGGUGACACAGCUGAUGAGAUCUAUGCAAAGGUAAAGGAGGUCAUCCGUGACCAGUCUGGGCCAACAAUCUGGGUGCCAGCCAAGGAGAAACUGUGAAUGACCCUUCAGAAGAGUUCACAUACCCACCAUCAUGACAUUAGACAAAGCCUGUAAUGGGAGGGUGUACAGGUUACACACUGACUCUCAUUGUAUCAUGAUAGAAGCACAUACACUUGGAUGUGAAUAGUGUGCAUGAUAUGCCUGGCAGCAUUACGUGAUAGGAAGGAAUGCUUGCAGUGAGUAGCCACAAGUGUGGUCAAUGGACAGAUCGAUUCAAAACAUGUUGAUCUUGUGUUGGCUAGAAAUGACAAAAUAGUUUGCUUAAUAGCUAGAUAAAUUUUUAAACAGAAGGGAAGUGGGAGUUUUCACCAUGCAGAAUUUUAUAAAAUUCUUUAUUUUGAAUUGUAUACCCUUUACUGGGUCACCAAGGGGGAAAGGAAACAUACCUUUCACAUCCUCUUCUGGCCGAUACCUACAGGUAACACAUGCAAAUAUGUGCAUUCCUGUACAUGUUUCCCAACAAACAAAAAAUGUGUAGAUAUUAAAAAAAAAGUUUUGAUGUUAUUUGGAUGGUCUUGUGGGGUUUGUUUGGGUUUUUCCCCCUGAUCCUAAACCCGUUGAAAUAUAUUGUUGGAAUAUGGAAAAAAAUGUUUGAAAUAUCUUGUUCAUGACAAUGGUUUUGGAUGUUCACUAACGUACUUGGGUUCCUUGUCCUGUUGGUUUUGAAUGGUAUAAAGAGGGAUUUUAAAACGCCAGAGAUAACCAGAAACAAAACGAGAUGGAGAACAAAUUAUGCCCUUGCGCUUAGCUACCCCUUACAGUAUGCACAAAUGCAAACAUCCUCAUGGCUCAAUGGCGUUGAUACACCAGCAUUGAAUGAGCUAUUCUAUAGAUCAUUUGCAUCUUACACCUGUAUUGAAACACAGACCAUGAACACGCUAUGUAAUAUUCUGUCUCAAGUAUUUUGAGGUUCCAUGGAUCAGUUGCAUGUGUGCUAGAAUCGCACACAUAAAAGUCUUCAUAAAUGUUAUCAAGAACAGGCAUUGUGAGUUUAUUAAAAAAAAACUAAAAAUGUUUUUCAAAGUAUUUUUUUAAAGCAUGCAACCAAGCCUAGAAGCUAAGGGUUUGGGGUUUUGUUUUUAACAAAUACAAAGAAUUUGAAGUUUUCCAAGUAAUUGGGAGGGAUUUUGUUCUUUGUAUUAUUUUCUUUCCAGCUAGAAUCUAUUGCUGCCAGAUGCAGGUGUUUCGUCUUGCAUGGAUCAGUGUUGUCCUUGUUAGUGAUCUGAUUGUGAUAACUGUUAGACUUGCAUAAUGUUAGUUCUUGUGCUUGACAGUAUCAUUUUUACGGUAUCUUGACACAAGAGCACCAAAAAGAACUUGUAGCACAAGAUGUGUGUACCCAAGUGAGAGUGCUUGUGUGUUGGAGACAUUGGCAUUUGAAUAUGAAAACUUUCCCUGAAAGGAAGCAUUUUGACACGGUGAUCUGUUUUCUGUCCUUUUUUUUUUUUUUUUUACUUUUCCUUGUACUAACAAAAACUCUUUCUGAGCAAUAUUGCAUAUUUGCGUCUUCAUUCUGGGUUUUUCCCCACAAAUUGGAGGAUUCAUUGUAUAAAUUGAAUACCAAACCAAAUGGAAUUUACAAUGAACAAAAGAUUACAGUUAUAGGAGACAUUUUGCAGUUGCAGCAAGUUAAAAACUUUUCAGAAUACAUGUCCAUAAUUCUUGCUUGUGGAUGUUUGAUGACAGUUGUGGCUUUUGCUAAUUUUCUUUUUUCAAUCUUUUCUAACCACUAUGUGGCCUAUCUAUAGUCCUUGUGUGAUGAUAAAAGUUCUGUUUACUCUUGUCCAAUUAUCCACCAUUUCCUGAAAAGAAAUCCCCUCCCCACUCAAGAAACCCACAUCCAUAUGAAUGGCUCAGUUUUUGCUUCCACCAUUAAACCAUACCAGGUUUUCGUGCACAUAUUGAUUUACAGGCUUGUCUGUGUCAUCCUGGUCUCUUUCAUAAACCCUGCUCACUUGAAAAUGUGUACUUUGUGAUGUUCUCUGAAUGUUAUGUUUUCAUUUUCAUUUUCCUUUUGGCAUGCAUCCUCUUGUAUCCUGACAUGCCUGUUGAUACAUUCUUCAUGUCUCAUAGUAUCAUCUUAAAACUUAUUACAUGUGCAUUCCCACAACUCAUACAUAUGCAUUCCCCCUGCAGGCAAAUAUCAAGCAACAACCAAUUCAGACACUGUGCAUCCAUGUCUAUAUGUGCAUAUUUGUGUGUGCUCAUGCAUGUUCAAACCUACAUAAAUUCCUCUGAGUACAUAUUUUGUCAGGAAGUGCAAGCAAGAGCCACCAGAAAGAAAAAAAUGACCACAAAAUAUGCACAAUCAUUCAUUUUUUUCAAACCGACAUUGCAGCGAAUUCUAUAUGUAUAUGCUUGGUAUUGUCAUAUCAUUAAGUCUAACCAAAAUCUUUGUAGCUGUGGAUUGACACAAUUUCAGCUGUUCCCUCUCUUCUUAGGGAUUUUACUGUUUUUUUUAGCUGUGGGUGGGGGAAGAUGGAGGGACAGAAUAACAUUGACAACUUUUUUUAAAUUAGCAGUGUACCCUUGACAAAAUUUUACAGUGGUGUGCGCUACAACCAUCAGUGCACCUGAUCAGAGUUUUUUCCCGCUAUUAGAAUGCAUGGAUACACAGAUAAUUGUUAUGGCGUGUGCAAUUUACAAUGGUUGUGUUGUUAGCAGUAUAUGUGAUGCUGUCUCAUUCAGAUGAGGGCAGUGUGAAUGUCAUCUCAACUUGAGUUGCUUUGGACAUUGGUUGUGUUGAGAUCCACUCCAGGUCACUGAAGCAGGGUUUUCACUUUGAUUAUUACAUGCCUGUAGUGUUUUUGUACAUUCUUUUUAGACUUGUAAUACUGUUACCGACUUUUCAAUUCCCCAGUUUUUGCAGUAUGGAAAAGAAGUGGAAGUACUUUAUGACAGCAUAUUUAUCUUAUUUCAGCAUGAAAUUUGGGUUACAAAUACAGGUCUGUUGACUUCUAAAUUUACUUCCUUUCUUCAUAAAUUUUGUUCAUUAAAACUGAUGAAUCUUGCCAAUCCCAAUAUGAUUUUUUUCCUUUGUGAAAGUAAACAACAAGUGAAUGAAUGGUACCAAGAUAUAAACAAAAUUAAAAAUAAAUCUUGGUUUAUGAAAUGCUGUGGUGGAUGUUUGUAGAGAUUAAAGUUAAAGUGGUAUGUCCUAAAAAAUGACUGUACUAAGGUGUUGGGAACUCGCGGCAAUGUAAAAGUGUGUUCUUGUACUCCAUACGCACCAAUGAAGUUUCUAGGUACAAAGUUAACCAGACCCAUGCAGGCAAAUUUUUUACUUCGGAGCAGGGUGGUUUUGUAUAAUACACUUAAAUACUAAAAAUAAUUGCAUGUCCUUUUCCCAUCAUUCUUGAUAUGUAUCCCCUGUGCAGGUGUGACUGACGUUUUGCUUGCUCAAACACUUUUAAAAUUUGCCCUAUAUUUACUCCUGUGUCAUUUUUGUUUAAUGUAUUAUAGGCUGUAGUUUUGUAGGACAGUGUAGUUAUAAGCAUGAUACUGUUACAUGUUACAGAAAUAUCAUUCUGUCUUUAGGAUACUAAAAAAAUUCCUCCUAUAGUUUUGUUCAGUGUAUUGGUAAAAAUUUUAUUUAAUAUGUUAUAGAUGGUUAACUCAAAUAUCUUUAUAAAUAAAAUGUGAAGGAUAGGAAACCCAAUAUAUUUAUUAUCCAAGCCACAGUUGUUUUAGCUGCUUUUUAUUCUUUUAUGGGUUUAGGAAGAAGACAAGAUUUUCACAUGAGCACACAUUGAUCGAGAUCAAAAAAGAACUUUAAAAACUGGAGUAAAUAAAAGCCUUUUAGAAAUUUUGAGCAUUUCCCAAAAUUAUGGUAAUUUUUUUUAACAAAUGUGAGAUAAGUCAAACUUUUGGGAUUUCCAUAACAGAUGGUUAUAAUUAAAUGAUGUAGUUUUAGAUGAUGGCAGCUGUCAAAUUUAUAUGAAAGCUGCUAUCAUCAGUUCAGUCUACUACUAUAUGUUUUGCUUUCUGUCAUUCUAUUUGCGCAUCAUUUGGUUGGUUUGAGGUUAAUACCUUUUUAGUAGUCUUGAAAAGCAUUUGUUUUAACUAUUAAUCAUUUUCACCUUAAAAUUUAUCUUUUGGUUCACUAUUUCUUUACAUGCAGUGAUUUCUGUAGAUUUUUUUGUAUGAAAAUCAUAUUCAUUAUAAAAUAAUUCCCACUUUAUUUCUGUAGAACAGUUAUACUUUAUGAAGACUAUCUCCAGUGAUCAGUAAACAAGUGAAAGGGGCUUUUUUUCUGUUAAAUAUUUUUGCAAGACCUUUUUAACAAACAAUAAAAGUAAGUGUUGAAACAGAACACGACUGAUUGAAACUGGAAUUAGUGUCGUAUUGUCACUGUUAAAACCAUUCUAUUAUAAUCACCAUCAAUGAAGUAGUAUGACUAAUGAAAAUGCUUUUUAGAAAAACCACAGUUCAUGACUCCUGCUUAUAGGAAGAUCCUGUCAAGUCAUUUUGUCCAAAAAUAGUUUUCGUAUUUCAUGGCUAGCUUUCUUUUGGUCUUUUGACUUCUGCUGUCAUUAGAACUACAAUUUUUGCUUCUUUUCCUGCAGGUUUGUACAGUAAAAUGCACGCUUGCUGUGCAUCUUGAACACACACAAAAAAUCCCCCUUUUGUCCAGUUACUACUGCUGCUGCUAUGCUUCAACUUUGCAAUGUGAACGUUGUCAUACCACAUGUGCAGAAAGAUGUGAAUAUUGUUAGUAAUAUAUUAUUGUACUAAAUUGUGUCUAUCACCAUUAUUACCAUUUUAUUUUCUCUUUUUUAUCAUCUUCAUAGUUACGCAUCGUUCAUCUGUCCUUUAUCAUGUGAUUAGAGAUACUAACAGUGUUUAUAGCCCUAAGCUUUUCAACCUUCAAUACAAAUAGAGAAUUGAAUAGUGCAUUCUCAUAAAGGGGAGACAAGUUUUACAAGAGAAGAGUGGUGCACAGAACUUGGAAAACAUUCUCCUAAUCUGCUUUCCACAUUUACAUUUCUUUUUCCCCAGUAGGGCACUACUUUGGUGGUUGUGUGAUGGUUUGUGUGAGAGAGAGGAAAGGAGUGAUCAGAAUCAGGGUUUAAUCAUUGUCACAUUGGCAUUAUUGUUCUUGUCAUUCCUCGAUUACUCUUUUCCAGUUUUUGAAAGUGCUUCUGCAUGUCAGUACCCAUGGGUCAGUUGUGGGCUUUUGAGAUGUAUAUACCAGUAUCUUUUCUAUUUUUGAGGAUUUUAAACUAGCAAUUUUUCUAAACUUUAAAACAAGAAGAUCCACAACUGUUAGAUGACCAUAUCACAGUUAUUAACACUUUUCACUUGAGGAUCUAAAAUGAGUACCAAACCAAAUGCAACAGAUGUUCCCAGAUCAUUUUUGCUAACUGCAAAAGUAUGAGACUUGAGAAUACAAGAAGAAAACUGCUGGGAGACAUGCAGUAUUUGCAUCUUUAUUUGGUUAUGAACUAGCAUCUACUCUGAUGAUCACAAUGACAAGUAUUGCUGUCACAAUCACAUCUCCAUCACCACCACCUUUCCAGACUACACUGCCAUUGUGUUUUGUAUGAGUAUUGCUCUUGCGUGUCUGAUACUUUGUCCAUCCUGACUUCCCCAACUCCUUUCCUUUAUUGUAUGUUAUAAUCAGGAAAGUCUAAACAUGUCUAUUAUUGAAAUAUACAAAAUGUGUUGGUUGAUAGAUCUGUGACAGCCUCUUCAUAUUGUGGAUUUUUUUCAGCAGCCUUAAGUGCGUCAAAAAGCCGCUUUGAUUAAUGACUGCGGCAGAUCAUUUGUUUAAUUGUAUUGACUCACCAAAACACCAUUUGCAUAUUUUUGCUGUAUGAUGACAGAGAAGAAAGAUGAUGACCGUAGCAAGUUGUAUCAAAUGGUAUACCAAAUAAACCACUGUUUGAAUGAACAA